AUGUCCAGCCUGGCGGCGCGUCCUGCCCACGUCCUGCACUCCGCCUCCUACAAGUACAGCCUGGACGUGCCCCGCGUCAACUUGCGUGAAAUGCGUAGCAACACGUACCCACCCCCGGGCACGGACGGAUCUUCGCCUUCCCAGUCCUCCUCCACUAGUGGCGGUGGCUCUGGCGGCUCCCAGAACUCGCCCUCAGACUUGUACCCGCCCUUGUCACCGCGACUGUCGCCUGGCGGGGCGAUGCUGGUACUGGCGGGGCGUAUGUCACCCCAGGUGCCGCCUACGUCGCCCGCCUCCCUGGUGCCCCCACACUCCCCGGGACCUCGCUCCUCACUCUCAUCCUCAGUGUCUUCAUCUUGUGCCACCUCGCCCGUGCCCCGCCUUUCUCCGGUGCCCCGCUCACCCGUGCACGCCUCCGUUACUCUCGCACAGUCCGCCCACACCUCCCCCAGCCCAGCCCAUGCCUCGCCCAGCCAUACCCAUGCUUCCCCCAUGGCACGAGGCUCACCAGUGCCGCCCACCCGCAGCUCGCCCACGCCCACCUUUCACGGAUCACCUGUACGGAGAAAGAGCGUCAUGUCGGACCCAGGGUCUCCCAUGCUCCGACGGACAACCCGCCCACCCCUGCAGCGCUCUCAUGCUACCGCUGGCAAAAGGCUCGUCUGGCCACACUCAACAGCAAAAGGCUCGUCUGGCCACACUCAACAGCAAAAGGCUCGUCUGGCCACACUCAACAGCAAAAGGCUCGUCUGGCCACACUCAACAGCAAAAGGCUCGUCUGGCCACACUCAACAGCAAAAGGCUCGUCUGGCCACACUCAACAGCAAAAGGCUCGUCUGGCCACACUCAACAGCUCGUAAGAAUGAUCAACAUGCAUUUCUGCCAACUGUGAAAUGCAUCGGUGGCUCUUCAAACUUGUCUCUUGUUGGAGCUAAGUUGUUUUAUGCCACACGGAGUUGA